GAACAUAAGUAUUGCAAUAAUUCCUGCAAAUCUGUAUUCUCCUCCAUCUGCAUAGAAUUCUCUCGAUCCAAUCUAUUUUUGAGAGAUGGAAUCAUGUGCUUUGUCAGUGACUGGAGCAAAAAUCUUUGCUGGCUUCAGCAUGUCUAUAUAGAUGUUGUCUCAUUUCGGAAUUCUCCUUUACGGAAUGAAGAGGGCGAGUCAUUCCCAUAGGCUCCAGAGUAGUAUGGCGGUCAAUAAACUGAAUCGACUUCUUACGCUAUAUCGUCUCAACCCAAAUGAAAAAUUAUCCAGUCAAAUAGCUGACCUUCUGUCGCCGGAUAAACUUCCGAAAAUUUUCACAGACUCUACCAGCAACUCGAAAACUUCGAUUGCGGAUUUUAUUCGCAUUGGAGAGACUUAUGAACUCUUAGCAAAUUUUAUCGCUUCGGUAAGAAAACCUGGUCAUCUGCCAGGAAAAUCGGCAUCCAAAGUACUGGACUCUGUAAAAACAUGCGUGAGCACUGACUGGUCGACUCUGGAAGUCCUUUGUCAGAAAAUGUCCAAUGAACACAUAAGGCUUUUUGGCGCUCAGAUCUGGCUAGCUCUAUCCGAACUGUUCAUUGCCAGUGCCCAGUUCAAGCUUUCAAGUCAAGAAUGGGGCCAAAUUUUUCGUCCUAUUGAGAAAUGGUUUGGCGAUGCUGGCUGCGAAGCGGUGGAGGUUUGUCUAGAAAAGUGGAGAGCGCUGAUUGCUUUCGUUUCACCGAAGUUUUCAAAAGAUAUACGAAGGAGCGGUAAAUAUCUUCAGUUGAUUCAAAUAUUCUCUAAACCUUUACGAUCACGAACAACAAUCAAUAAGUUCUCAAACACGUUGCCAAUCAUUAGAACUUAUACAUUUCUCAUCAGCACAUUCAGAGAUGUUUUGGAUGAAUGUUUCGAAGAGCUCAUCAUCUGCUUUCUUCGCUUUCUUGCUGGCAGAAAAGCCCAAGUGCUCACCACAAGCGCAGAAAUUGAGUAUGAACUAAGGAAAUCUAUUGACUCUUCGCAGCUCAUUCUCAAUUGCGCUAUCCCUUCACAUUUAGGAUACCUAACUGACGACAGAACUUACAAUACAUCCGAUUCCUUGUACAUACUUCCUACCGUUAGCGCUGUUCUCGGAGUUGCUUACAAUGGUCAUCCCACACAUAUCCCUGUGCAAAUUCCUUCCUGUGGCAAUAGACGGGACAUAAUGCAAAAAUAUGCAGUUUUUUUGGGACAAAUGCUUCGCUUAGCCGGUCGCAAUCGCAAUCAUGCAUACGAUGUAGCACUGAUAGGUUCAUGUUUCGCUGCUUUGUCGCGCCGUAUCAGCUCCAUUGAAGACGUCGCAGUAAAAACGAGCGAAUCUCGCUUACUUUUUAAGCAGGUGCAGGCUUGGGUUGAAGAAAAUAAUUACGCCUUGAAGAUUUUGGAGCCGAUUCUUUGUGACCUUUUAACUACCAAAGACCUGUUCAUGUAUGCCAAUACUCCCACUGAAUGGUCAGCGAAAGCUUUGCUGAACUCGCUUUUAGAAAAAUACAUAGGAGGCAGAAUCAGCCAUCUUCUGGAAGCUACAGCUGGAACACUCUUAAAUGUCUUCAAAAAUCAUGUUCUCAAACGCGUGGGUGAAUUGUCAGAUUUAAUGGAAAAACAUCUUCAACGAUUUGAAGUUAUAUCGCUUGUAAAGGCAUGGACUCAACUAGCGGAUAUUACAAAGGUUUUUAUUGGUGAAAGUGGCGACAUAAACGAAGGUGGCCUUAUUCGACCGGAUUUUCGUACUUCCUUUGGUCUUUUACGAUUGAUUUUUAGAAUUGCAAACGUAGCUGAGGAGGAAGUCGAUGCAAAAGUCCUGCAAAAAUGCACCACCUCUUUUGGAGGGCUUUAUUCUGAGGCCCAGACUGGUAUACGACAUGAGCAUGGAUACAGCGCUGAAAUUAUUCUUAAAGGCCUUUAUGACGACUUGAUAUUACCAGAGACUUUUUGCUGCAUUAAUGUUUACACUUCUGCUUUCGCUUUUUUGAUGGAAGUAUAUCCCUUCAAUUUCAUCAACGAAGACGAUGUGUUUUGUGCAGCUUCCUCGGAGUUCAGCGCAUUAGGAGAAAUCACUCCCUUGAUCAAAGCCGUGGCCACAGUGGGUAGAAAGCUUAUCGAGAUGAUCAGCACGAUAGAGAAGGACAGUAAACUUUCGAAAUCAAUCUUGGAGGACGUUUCAAGCAUUGUCAGCGUCGUCAUGAAGCUGUUUCAGAGCAUAGAAAAACCUAGCAUAAUUCGUAAUCUGUUCCUGUCCAUGUCCGGCUUGUUGAAGGAUAUGUACUCUCUUAUCUUCACUGAAGAUGUGCGUUUUAAAACGAUUGCGGGUCCUGCGUUUGAGGCUUAUCUCACUGUUUUAAAACUUGUGAAAACGAAGGCUUUUGGUCCUUAUGACGAAAGUAUGCUCAACGAAUGUGCACCGUUCUUUGUCCAGUUGCUGGGUGGCAUGCACGGAAAACAUGCUAAACUUCGAGACGCAGCUGCGGAGCUUUGGAACAAUACAUUUGCGAAGGCGGUGUUCAACUACCCAAUAGAACUGAGGAAAAUUCUCAUCAAUCUUGCACAGAAACGAAUAGUUUUCGCAGCUGGACUACCUAGAAAGUCAAUAAAUAACAGUGAUAUCAAUGAGUAUCAGGAAAUAACCGAGAGUCAUUCCAAUUCAUCGCUCGCUUCACAGUCCAGUCAAGGCACUGUCAACGCUUGUGCAGAAGUAAAUGAAGAUCCCGUCCGUAGAAGAAGAUCUAAGAGAUUCGCUGCUCCAGCGAAUGUUAAAGAAGAAGUUUCCAUGAAGAGGGCACGAGAAUAUCCUAAUGACAUCACUCCAAUGAAGAACGAGAUGCAAUUGCCUACUUCUCCAUUUGCGGACAAAAUUUUGAAAAAAGAAGAGAUCAGAGAUAGUCCGCAGCCAAGCUCAUCGCUGCAGACAUCAGCAGCAAAGCGUCGUAAGAUCGUUGGAUCGCUUGAGGAGGAUUACGUUGACUAUGUUCCCAUCGGCACGAGCGAAUCCGCUAAGAAAAUGAAGCUGACUGAAAGGCAAAAGGAAGUGUUCAGCGCAAAACGCGAUCGCAUGCCUUUUCUGGAUGAAGAAUCACAGUCGGCAGUUAUUGCUAACCUUGGAAAAGAAUUUGAUUUGGAGUGUUUCCAGUCUGCUUCUGCGAACGGAGGCUGCUUACCCCCGCCAACUGAACUUGCUUAUUCUGAUCUACCAAAUGGGGUACAAGCAGAUGGCGGUAUCACAGUCGCGCACGAGGAUUUGAAUGGCGAAAAGACUGAUCUAGUGAAACCCGAUCUUUCUUCUGAGAACACCAACCAUCAACAGCGGAGGAGCUCAAAAAAGCUAAACUUUGAUACGGAACCUGAAUCUGAGCCUGCCACAUCAGCUACGGAUGAUGCUACGCUUCCCAAUGACUCCGCAAAAGAAACAGUUUCUGCGGAUGCAGGAGUGAUAACAAAUGAGAAAGCAGGUGAAGAAGAACAUGAUAAUGCAUGCUUAUCGCCUUCCAAUGCUGUGACUCGACCCUCCGAUGACAACAGUAUCACGUGCGACAGUGAUGAAACUGAGCGAAGUGGUAUGAUUGCAGUUGAAGAAACCAAUGUUUCCGUCAUUAGAGGAAAAGAACAAGUUGAUGAUAUUACGAAUAGCAGUCGUAUUGAGGAGGAAUGCGCAUCUCUGAUUGAAAUGGUCACCGCCACAGUGUCAUCGGAAGUGAAUGAUGUAUCGAAUCGCGAAGAUGAUCCGUUCCAAGCUCAACUUGAAGCCCGAGCCAGAAUUCCUGAAGCUUUGGAACGAUACCAAGAAAUAGCCACCAAAUUCAUACAAAUUAAUAGCGAGAUGUUGGCGUUAUAUGAGGCUGCGGGAAUGGAUGCUGCAAAUCUUGAGGUGAAAAAGGGAGUUCCUAUGAUACUCGCUGGCGGAAUCCUUGUGAUGAGGUCAUAUAAGUUUUAGUACUGGCACUUGGAGUGGAUUCAAUUUGCUUGAAUGUCUCAAUAAUAUUUCUAGGUUGAUUUGUUAUUUCCCCAAUAAGUAAUUUCCGGUUGAACUUUCAACGCAUAACCUUAUUGUACAAAUCAAAAACUCGUUGAUAGUAUCAGCUUUCUGCAUUACUUGUAAUUCUACCGUGUAGGCUGGCUAACAAAUGGUUUCCUUUUGACAAGUGACCGGAAAACUCUGUAAAUUCAUGUAUUACCAAGGC